AGCUCAAUACCUACAGCUGUGCGAUGGAUCUUGUGUAUGUUCGUGAACUAAACAGGAGGACAAGGGAGAGCAAAAUGAAUGAAAUAGUAUCUCGUCUUAAUAAACUGUUAACACUGGGUUCCACACAGGAAUAAUACUAGCACCGUCCUAGCUCCGCGAUGGGCACAGAGACCGCGGAAAGCAAUGUGAUGCUGGAGCUCGCUGCUGAAGCUUUCCAGGCAAGAAACUUUGAGCUGGCUGCGGAGAUCUACGAAUGCCAGCUACGGCAUUUCAGCGACCCUGCUACGCAAGUGGAAGUGCUCUUGAGAAGGGCUGACGCGCUAGCUUUGGGGGGCAGAUUAAGCGAAGCGUUCGAGAUCUACCAGAAAGCAUCCAAACUCAAGAGGCUGCGACCGGCGCAGCUGGAGAAUCUGACCGAGUGUCUGCUUGGCAGCAUCAGGAGCAAAGAGGGACUGGGAGCUCAUGAGAACCAGGAGCACGACACCACCAGCAGCAGCGUAUACGGUGCAUUCACUUGCAGGAUAUGCCUGGGAUUCCUAUACGAGCCUGUCAACCUGCCUUGUGGACACACUUACUGCAGGAAGUGUCUGGACAGAGAGAAAGAAAGACCGCUGGUCUGCAAGCAGUGCAAAGACAGUACGAAGCUCUGCGAUGUGCACGACUACAGGAUGAACGUGGUUCUGUGCAACCUGUUAGCCAAGUGGUUUCCGUCCCAAGUGCAGGCAGUGAGACUGAGACACGAAGGGAAUGCUUUAUACGCGGAGAAAAACCUGGAAGCGGCACUGGAAAAGUAUGAUGAAGCAAUACAAUUAGCCCCCAGGGACCAUCUGCUGUUCAGCAACCGAUCACAGAUAAACUCCAGUUUGAAGAACUGUGAAGCUGCACUAAGCGAUGCUGAGAUGGCAUGUCGACUUCAACCUCUUUGGCUCAAGGGACACUUACGGAAAGCACAAGCCUUGACAAUUCUCAGGAAAUCAGAGGAGGCUUUAACUGAAUACCUCUUCUGUAUUGCCUUGGAACCAGAAAGCAAGAUGGCAAAAUGUGAAGCACAAAAGGACUGUAAGAGAAACGACAGCGUGAUGUCACCAGUGGAAUCGCAGUCAUCUUUCUCUGUUGCUGAUGCACCGGGAGCGAAGCCUCCUUGCUGUGAAGACCAGGGCAAAGUCAAGUACUUUUCACAAGAGUAUCAGCCGCCUGCGUUUGACACAAGCUGCCUUCUAAAGAGGAAACUCGGCAUGGAGGAGGAAGACAAGGGAGGGAGUUUCGAAAGAUCCUGCAAGAAUAUGAAGCAAGACACCACGUCCACGGUGCCGAAGGCAGCGACAGCCACGUGGUGCUCAGUCCCAAGUGACCUGAUUGACCCCUGUGACCUGGAGUGCUCCCUGUGUAUGAGACUUUUCUAUGAACCUGUGACAACUCCCUGCGGCCACACCUUCUGUCUGAAAUGCCUGGAGCGAUGCCUGGACCACAACUCCCAGUGCCCGCUGUGCAAAGAAAGGCUCUCUGAGUACCUGGCCCAGAGGAAGUACAGCAAGACCCCGCUGCUGGAGGGCCUCAUAGAUAACUACCUGCUGGAGGAGCUUGUGGAGAGGAGGAAAGUUCAUGAGGAAGAAAUCGCUGAGCUGUCCAAUUUGAAUAAGAACGUUCCUAUCUUCGUGUGCACCAUGGCCUUCCCCACUGUGCCCUGCCCCCUGCACAUCUUCGAGCCCUGCUACCGGCUCAUGAUUCGGAGAUGCAUGGAGACCGGCACCAAGCAGUUUGGAAUGUGCAUCACCGAUUCCAUCAAAGGGUUUGCAGAUUAUGGCUGCAUUCUUGAGAUCAGGAACGUGGAGUUCUUCGCAGACGGCCGUUCUGUGGUCGACACCGUCGGGAAGAGGAGGUUUAGAGUGAUUGAGCAGCACCAGUGCGACGGCUACAACACUGCGGAUAUCGAAUACCUGGAGGACAAGAAGGUGGAGGGGGAGGGAUAUGCAGCUCUGCUGUCGCUCCAUGACGCAGUGUACAACCAGUCCUUCACGUGGUUCAACUCCCUCAAACCAGAACAGAAGGAGCGGAUCACUGGACACUUCGGACCAAUGCCAGACAAGGAACCGGAGCCACAGGUCAGCCCCAGUGGUCCCUCCUGGUGCUGGUGGCUACUGGCGGUCCUGCCCUUGGAGGGUCGCGCUCAGCUGCUGUUCCUGGCCAUGACGUCACUCAGGGAGCGUCUGGUCGGCAUCCGCAGAGUGCUGUCCUUCAUGUCCUGCGGCCGUGCCCGCUGACCGCCCGCUGCCUCGUGUUCCUCUUAUUUUUUUUUUUUUUUUUUUUUUUUUUUUUUUUU